CCCCCUGUCUGAGAUUUAGAUAUAAGUUUCACCGUGGCACGAAGCAUUUCAAACUCAUCACUGGAGCAAGGUUCUUCACAUCGGACUAUCAUCACCACAGAUCAACAACCAACCCUCUGGAAUUAAAUAAUACGGUCUCGGUUUUACGUGGUCGAGAGUCUCUGAAACAUUUUGUAUUCGGUUCAGCUGCGCACUUAUCAACUGCUGGGAGAAUGGUGGAGGUGAGGAAUAUCUGUUGUAUUGGGGCUGGCUACGUGGGCGGUCCCACCUGCAGCGUGAUCGCCCAGAUGUGCCCCGAGGUGACGGUUACCGUGGUGGACGUGAACGAGGACCGCAUCCGUGCCUGGAAUUCUGAUAGCCUUCCCAUCUUUGAGCCUGGACUCCAGGAAGUGGUGGACUCAUGCCGCGGGGUCAACCUUUUCUUCUCCACAGACAUCGAUGAGGCCAUAAGAAAUGCAGACCUCGUUUUCAUAUCUGUCAAUACGCCUACCAAGACAUUUGGGAUUGGCAAGGGUCGAGCAGCGGACCUGAAGUACAUAGAAGCAUGUGCCCGGCGCAUUGCUGAUGUGUCCAUCGGGUGUAAGAUUGUUGUAGAGAAAAGCACAGUUCCUGUACGUGCUGCUGAGAGCAUCCGCCGCAUCUUCAACGCCAACACCAAAAGUAGCUUGAACUUUCAGGUCCUCUCAAACCCAGAGUUUCUUGCUGAGGGAACAGCCAUUGCUGAUCUGAAGAAUCCAGACAGGGUAUUGAUUGGAGGGGAUGAGACCCCUGAGGGCCAACAUGCUAUUGAGGCCCUGCGGAGCAUCUAUGAGCACUGGGUCCCCAAAAGCAAGAUUAUCACCACCAACACCUGGUCCUCUGAGCUCUCCAAGCUGGCAGCCAAUGCCUUUCUGGCCCAACGUAUCAGUAGCAUCAACUCCAUCAGUGCCCUGUGCGAGGUAACUGGUGCUGAUGUAGAGGAGGUGGCUCAUGCCAUCGGGACAGACCAGAGAAUAGGCAGUUGCUUCCUGAAGGCCAGCGUGGGAUUUGGUGGCAGCUGUUUCCAGAAGGAUGUCCUCAAUCUUGUGUACCUAUGCGAGGUGCUAAACCUACCAGAGGUUGCAAGAUACUGGCAACAGGUUAUAGAGAUAAACGAUUACCAGCGAAAACGAUUCUCUUCGCGGAUAAUCAGCUGCCUCUUCAACACAGUGACGGACAAGAAGAUAGCCUUGCUAGGAUUCGCUUUCAAGAAAAACACAGGCGAUACAAGGGAAUCCUCUAGUAUCUACAUCAGUCGCUACCUGCUGGAGGAGGGAGCCUGUCUACACAUCUAUGACCCCAAGGUUAAAGCGCAGCAGAUCAUGCACGACCUGAUUCAGCCCACACCCUCAGAAAGACAUGACCCCGCCACAGUUUCUCGUCUAGUCACAAUCGUCACUGACCCAUACAAGGCUUGUGAGAACGCCCAUGCAAUUGUCAUCUGCACAGAGUGGGAUAUGUUCACGGAGCUGGACUAUGAGAAGAUCUAUAAAGCCAUGCUGAAACCUGCCUUCAUCUUUGACGGUAGAAGGAUCUUGGACAGCUUGCACGACCAACUCCAGCAUAUCGGCUUCCAGGUGGAGACUAUUGGGAAAAGAGUUAACCAGAGGAUCCACUUCACUGCCAUCGAGGACAAGUCAGAAAUAGACCAACAGCAACCAUUAAAGAAGAUCAAACUAUGAAGUGUGCUUAUGGGACAGGAGCGACAGAGCCAGCUCAGUGCAGUAAUAUAUUAAACCAAGUUGUCAUUUUUUAUGUAAUAUUACAUUAGUGGGAUGGCUAGGCGGUAUACCGUAUUUUACUAUAUACACCCCAAUAUUGAUGCACGGACCGGUUUGGGUUUUUACUUUACCUUCUAACGGUGUUUCACAUAUUUGGUUUGUUAAAUGUGUGAUACGCGACUCACACGCGUGUAAUGUUCAUUUUUAUAGUUUACUCCCUUUGCUACUUGGGCCAUCGCUCUCCCUCUCCUCCUGCAUGCCGCCGAAGAGGAAGAGGUUUUACUUGCUCAUUUGCUACGUGAGGAUUAUUUGAUUGAAUAGAAGUUUCGUAUUGGUUAGGUUGUUACGAAUGCACUGAUAUAAGUGGACGCACGUUGCAUUUUGGAAACGUUUUAGCAUGGACAUUGCCUUUGAGGGGUUCCACCAUUUUAAAGUAGUCAGGGAUCCCUAUGAGUUGGGAGCAAUCAGCCAAUGAAGAAGAUCAUUGACUACUUUAAAAUAGAGAGCCUCAAUGGCGUUGCCCUCGCUGUCACAGAUGCUAUAAUGCACAGAUAAAAUGAUGAGUCCUAUACAUCUCUAUGGCCUGUUGUUCACACGCAUAUUUGCCCUCUCGUUUGCAAGAAAGGUGAUCUCGACCACCUGAUCUCGCCUCCUCCCGCCUGCCUUCCAUCUUUGAGGAUGUGUAUUUCCAUUGUUAGAGUGGUCACUUGACUAUCUUGUCAAUAUAAUGCCACGUGCAUCCACUUAUAUCAGUCAAUUUGUAACAACCUAAACAUUACAAAACCUCUAUUAGAUCAAAUAAGUCUACCGUAAUUAGACACUCAGACUUCCAUACAAAAAAGGGCUUAUCACAUGUGGACAAAUUUUGGGUAGAGUAAAUCCUCUCGCUUCACCUCUUCCUCUCUGCUUUCACUCUGUCUGCAUGGUCAGAUGCAACGAGGUGUUGGGGAUAAUGAUGCUGAUUUAUUCUUUGCUUCUUUAUAUACAUUGCAUUAGGAAAGUAUUCAGACCCCUUAACUUUUUCCACAUUUUGUUGUUACAGCCUUAUUCUAAAAGGGAUUCAAUUGUUUUUCUUCUUCUUCAUCAAUCUACACACAAUACCCCAUAAUGAC